AUGGCCACCACAAAUUCCAAGCUGAAAGCAGCAAUCUUGGUAGUAUCUGAGACUGCUUCUCAAGACCCGUCUACCGACAAGUGUAUACCAACCCUCAAGAAAGUCUUCGGCGAGCUCGGAAACGACCAAUGGGAUGUUAGCGAAACCGAGAUCGUGCCCGACAAUGCUCUUGCGAUUCAGAAGACAAUCAGAAAAUGGACUGACGGUCCAGAGCCGAUCAGUCUGAUCGUUACUAGUGGAGGCACUGGUUUUGCAACUAAAGAUGUUACUCCGGAGACAUGGCAUGCUUACAACUUCAUAUGCCUUGCACUCAUGGCGAGACCUGUUGCGGGUCUGCGAAAGAAGACUUUGAUCCUGACUCUACCUGGAUCGCCAAAAGGUGCCAAAGAGAAUUUGGAGGCAGUUCUCAAGUUGCUACCACAUGCGUGCAUUCAAGCAGCUGGUGCAGAAUCAAGACCGCUACAUGCUGGUGGCGUAGAGAAGCUCGAGAAGGACGCUGGUGUCUCUUCCGCUAGUAGUAGUACUACUACUACAGGAACCGGAUGUGGGCAUCACCAUCACCACCAUGGUCAUUCUCAUGGCCACGGCGGCCACGCAGGACCAAAAGCUCAUACGAACUCAGAAGAGCGCCCACAGUCCAAUGAUCCUUCUGCAGGACCAACACGCAGAUACCGGUCAUCGCCUUACCCUAUGUUAGCUGUUGACGAUGCACUUAAGCUCAUCACCGAGCAGACCCCAGCUGCUGUAGUACAGCGGGUACCAGUAGAUAUGAGGUUAAGUGGUUCUGUUCUUGCCGAAGAUGUCAAAGCCACGGAGUCCGUUCCAGCCUUCCGAGCCAGCAUCGUGGACGGUUACGCCGUAAAGAUCCCUUCUACUGGCAAGUUCGAGAAAGGAGUAUACCCUGUUACGAUUGUAUCUCAUGCUCAGGCUGGUGAAGUCAAAGAGUUGAAAGAAGGAGAAAUUGCGAGGAUCACGACUGGCGCCCCACUUCCUCCUGGUGCCGAUGCCGUGGUCAUGGUCGAAGAUACAGUGCUGAAGAGUCUGACGGAGGACGGAAAGGAAGAGAAGGAGAUCGAUAUACUGACUGAUGAGAUCAAGCCAAACGAAAACGUACGCGAGGUGGGCAGCGACGUCAAAGAGGGCGAGAUCAUCCUGAAGAAAGGUGAAGGCGUAACAGUCGUGGGCGGCGAAUUUGGUCUCCUUGCAUCUGUGGGUACGAAAGAGGUAUCUGUGUACAAGAAGCCCAUCGUCGGAGUUUUGAGCACAGGAGACGAGAUCAUCCCUCACAACAGAGAAGGCUCGCUGCGACUGGGAGAAGUGCGUGAUACCAACCGUCCUACUCUCAUCACUGCCGUGCGAAGCCACAGGUUCGAAGUUAUCGAUCUAGGUAUCGUCUCAGAUAAACCUGGUACCCUCGAGCAGACUCUCCGCGACGCGAUGCGUAAGUGCGACGUUAUCAUAACCUCUGGUGGCGUCUCAAUGGGCGAACUCGACCUCCUCAAGCCAACGAUCGAGCGCUCUCUCGGCGGCACGAUCCACUUCGGUCGUGUGAAUAUGAAGCCUGGCAAACCCACCACCUUCGCCACUGUACCUGUAAAGGACAACUCUGGAAACCCUGUCACCAAAUCAAUUUUCUCCCUUCCUGGCAACCCUGCUUCGGCCGUUGUAUGCUUCCAUCUCUUCGUCUUACCUGCAUUGCAUCAGCAAGCUGGUAUCAAGCCACUCGGUCUGCCGAGAAUCAAAGUUAUACUAGAUGAGGAUGUGAAGAUGGACAAGGGCCGUCCGGAGUAUCACCGUGCACUUGUAGUGACCAAGGAAGAUGGGUUGCUAUAUGCUAGCUCUACAGGUGGGCAGAGGAGCAGUCGAAUUGGCAGCUUUAGGGGUGCAAACGCGCUACUUGCCAUGCCACAGGGUGAAGGUAGUUUGAAGAAAGGGGAGAAAGUCGAGGCGCUGCUUAUGGGAAAGUUGGGUGAGGUUGAGCGUUGA